UCGGUGAUCCAUGGGCUGAGAAAGGAGCAGGAUUUAUAAAACCAACUCCCAACUACCAAACCAGCCUCACUCACUCGUUCUCCUCGUCGAUCCUUCACAGCCACGGAUUUUCUCCUACGUAAUAAUUCUAAUUCGCCCCCUCUUCUACAUUCCAGAAUAAACGAAAAUGUGUGACGACGAAGUUGCUGCAUUGGUUGUUGACAAUGGCUCCGGUAUGUGCAAAGCCGGGUUCGCUGGUGAUGAUGCGCCGCGAGCAGUUUUCCCCUCCAUCGUUGGACGCCCCAGACAUCAGGGAGUCAUGGUGGGAAUGGGUCAAAAGGAUUCAUAUGUUGGAGAUGAGGCUCAAUCAAAGAGAGGUAUCCUCACUUUGAAAUAUCCCAUCGAACACGGAAUUGUCACCAACUGGGACGAUAUGGAGAAAAUCUGGCAUCAUACCUUCUACAACGAGCUCCGAGUCGCUCCAGAGGAACACCCAGUGCUCCUUACCGAAGCCCCAUUGAACCCAAAGGCUAACAGAGAGAAGAUGACGCAGAUUAUGUUCGAAACGUUCAAUUGCCCUGCAAUGUACGUUGGAAUCCAAGCCGUUCUUUCCCUCUACGCUUCUGGUCGUACCACUGGUAUUGUGCUCGAUUCUGGCGAUGGUGUUUCUCACACUGUUCCCAUCUACGAAGGUUAUGCCCUUCCUCAUGCCAUCCUCCGUCUGGACUUGGCCGGCCGAGACUUGACCGAUUACUUGAUGAAAAUCUUGACUGAACGAGGUUAUUCCUUCACCACCACCGCCGAACGUGAAAUCGUUCGUGACAUCAAGGAGAAGCUGUGCUAUGUCGCACUCGACUUUGAGCAAGAAAUGGCCACUGCUGCUAGCUCCAGCUCAUUGGAAAAAUCCUACGAACUCCCUGACGGUCAAGUUAUUACCAUUGGAAAUGAGCGAUUCCGUUGCCCAGAAGCCCUGUUCCAACCUUCUUUCUUGGGAAUGGAAUCUUGCGGAAUCCACGAGACCACCUACAACUCCAUCAUGAAGUGCGAUGUUGACAUCCGAAAGGAUUUGUAUGCCAACACGGUCUUGUCCGGAGGUACCACCAUGUACCCAGGAAUUGCUGACCGCAUGCAGAAGGAAAUCACUGCCUUGGCACCAUCCACGAUGAAGAUUAAGAUCAUUGCUCCACCAGAACGUAAAUACUCUGUCUGGAUCGGAGGAUCUAUUUUGGCUUCAUUGUCCACCUUCCAGCAAAUGUGGAUUUCAAAGCAAGAGUACGACGAGUCCGGCCCAUCCAUUGUCCACCGAAAAUGCUUCUAAAGUAUUCAAGAUUUGUCUUCCGCCUUAACAUUAUUUUACAAUCUGCAAUUAGCCUUAACCCAAGCGGAACCCAACCAAUCUCACUACUAUAUAUCAUAAUAGUAUCAUCAUCAUUAUAGAGAAUGCAGUUGUGUUAUUUUCUAUUUCUGACUAUACAUUCACACAUCUAAAACAACCAAACAUUCCUAAAUUGAAAUAUUCCAAUUAUCAUUGUAUUCCAAUCUAAAAGAAAAAAGUUCGUUUGCGACGCUUUUACACCAUCUUAAAUGAGAGCUAUACAUCCCUACCUUUAUUAUUAUAAAUAUUAUUUUAGUACUUGGAAGCCGAUUAUUUAUUGAAAAGGUAACUUAACUUAUAAAGUACCAAUAAAAAUGGUAAAAAAUUA